CUUUAGCAAAUAGCAGUAGGUAAACCGUAAACACACUUCACACUGCUUAACUCAAAACAGUUAGCACACAAACAAACAUCGCGAAAAAGAAGAACAGCGAUAUUCAUGGAUUCAGAUUUCGGAAUCCCCAGAGAACUCUCUGACCUUCAGAAACAACGCUCUCUUUAUCAACCUGAACUCCCGCCUUGCCUUCAGGGAACUACAGUAAGGGUAGAAUAUGGUGACGGAACCACUGCUAUUGAUCCUUCAGAUGUCCAUGCCAUCAGUCGGUACUUCCCCCACACAUAUGGUCAACCCUUGGCCCAUUUUCUCAGGGCAACUGCUAAGGUCCCUGAUGCACAAAUUAUAACUGAGCACCCAACUAUCAGGUUGGGAAUUGUCUUCAGUGGGCGACAGUCUCCAGGAGGACACAAUGUUGUAUGGGGUCUUUAUAAUGCUCUCAAGAUACACAACACAAACAACAUUUUGCUUGGAUUUCUAGGUGGUACAGAAGGUUUAUUUGCACAAAAGACUCUUGAGAUAACUGAUGAUAUUCUGUCCACCUAUAAAAACCAAGGUGGUUAUGACUUGCUGGGAAGGACUAAAGAUCAAAUUAGAACCAUUGAGCAAGUUAAUGCUGCAUUAGCUUCAUGCAAGGCUUUGAAGCUGGAUGGCCUUGUAAUUAUUGGAGGUGUAACAUCAAACACUGAUGCAGCCCAGCUUGCUGAAACAUUUGCAGAGGCAAAAUGCCCAACGAAGGUAGUUGGAGUUCCAGUUACCUUGAAUGGAGAUCUGAAGAACCAGUUUGUUGAAACUGAUGUUGGGUUUGAUACCAUAUGCAAGGUUAAUUCUCAGCUCAUUAGCAAUGUUUGCACCGAUGCGUUGUCUGCUGAGAAGUAUUAUUACUUUAUUCGACUCAUGGGCAGAAAGGCAUCACAUGUUGCUUUGGAAUGCACUCUCCAGUCACACCCCAAUUUGGUUAUUCUAGGGGAGGAGGUGGCUGCAUCAAAAUUAACUUUGUUUGAUCUGACAAAACAAAUUUGUGAUGCGGUCCAAACCAGGGCAGAAAAAGAUAAGAAUCAUGGGGUCAUCCUACUUCCAGAGGGGCUUAUUGAAAGUAUUCCUGAAAUUUAUGCUCUCCUGCAGGAAAUUCAUGGUCUUCAUCGAGAAGGUGUAUCUGUUGACGUUAUGUCUUCUCAGCUUUCUCCCUGGGCAUCUGCCUUAUUUGAGUUUUUGCCACCUUUCAUUAAGAAACAGCUGCUCCUUCACCCUGAAUCAGAUGAUUCUGCACAGCUGUCACAGAUUGAGACAGAAAAACUUCUAGCUCAUCUUGUGGAGGCAGAAAUGAAUAAACGUGUGAAAGAAGGCACAUACAAGGGAAAGAAGUUCAAUGCAAUCUGUCACUUUUUUGGCUAUCAAGCUCGUGGUUCUCUACCAUCAAAAUUCGACUGUGACUAUGCUUAUGUUCUUGGUCAUAUAUGCUACCAUGUCCUUGCUGCUGGCUUAAACGGUUAUAUGGCAACUCUUACCAACCUUAAAAAUCCUUUGAACAAGUGGAAAUGUGGUGCUGCUCCCUUGACAGCAAUGAUGACUGUGAAACGCUAUUCUCGAGGUCCUGGUUCAUUGGCUAUUGGGAAACCUGCUAUUCAUCCUGCAACAGUGGAUGUGAAAGGAAAAGCAUAUGAGCUUUUGAGACAGAACGCUGCAAGAUUUUUGGUCGAAGAUAUCUACAGAAAUCCAGGUCCACUGCAAUUUGAUGGUCCUGGUGCUGAUGCUAAGGCUGUUACCCUCUGUGUGGAAGACCAGGACUAUAUGGGCCGUAUCAAGCAGCUGCAAGAAUAUUUAGACAAGGUACGAGCCAUAGUAAAGCCAGGAUGUCCACAAGAUGUCCUGAAAGCAGCACUCAGUGCCAUGGCUUCCGUGACAGAAAUUCUGACUGUUAUGUCAUCAAGCUCCAACAGUUGGCAAAAGGUCCUCUAAUUGACGUGAACUAUACAGUUUGUGAAGAUCUUCAAAAGCAGCUUUAUUUCAGUCUUCUUCUGUGUCGAAUUAGGAGUUGCUAUGUUAGAAAUCUGAUAAGCAUUAGGAGCCUGUUUUUCUAUUUAAAUUUUUUCCUUGUAGAUUUGUGAUAUUCCGGGUGAAAUAAUUUAUGCAAGGACAGAUUGCAGUUUUGCAAUGAGUAUAAAUGCCAGAUGGUCAUUGUAAAACCAACCGUUCGAGAUGUACUGCAGGUAAAUGGUUGCACAUUUGUUUUGUUUGGUUAAGUGUCCAAUUAUCUGUGUCAGUUUGAGGCAUCGAUUUAAGGAAAUGAAUGAAUUGUCCUGAAUACAGAGCUCAGAUGGGCUAGUAUUUGCUGUA